AUGUCGGAGGCCGGAUCAGUGCUAGAAAAGCCUCCAGCGCCGGCCUCCAAUCGGAUCUCUGUGAGCGGCGACGGUUUAGUUAAGAAGAUGAAAGAAAGAGAAAAAGGGCGAACUUAUGGAUCAUCAUGUCCCAUAUAUGAGAAUAUAUCUCCAUCUGAUUAUGAUAUGAAAUCUCAUUUAUGA